ACCAGGUGUCCCCCAGCGCCUGCCAUGCGGCGUCUGCGCGAUGUCUAGACCUCGGGCACCCAUGCGGGCCCCCAGGGCGCCACACGCGCCACACGCGCCACAGGCGCCACAGGCGCAACGGCGUCAGGCGCAGGCCGCCCAGGAACCGCAGAGCGAGCCGGAUACCAGCAUUUGCCCUUUACCUCCUUACCGCUCCUGGUUGAGACCUCCCAACCGCACGGCUCUGGCCUCUCACCCACGCAGUGGUUCGACUUGGACCCGGUUUCUGCUGGAACGCGCCUCAUCCUCAGCCUGUGGAUUCGAAGAUCCGGGUUGGGCCAAUGUGCUCCCCCAUGCGGGCGGUGUCGAGGGGAAGCCGGACGACAUCAACGAGGAUGGCUUGAUCAUCAAGACACACAGCAUUUGCUUCGGUUGUUGGCCGGACGCUCCCAUUUGGAAACGCCUCAGGGUGCGCAACACCAGCCUGGCGCCGCAGGAAGCACACCGACUCUUAGGACCUACAGAGGUAACGGAGAAGUUGGAGUCGAUUGGGACUUGUCUGAUUUUCCCACCUGGCAGCUUGGAAGCAGCCAUCAAGGUGCGUAAAAACUUCAACCUGGAGAAGAAGCAGGCGAUUCAGCUUCAUUGCACCAAAAUGUAUGACAGGGCAGUUGUUCUGAUUCGCGAUCCCUUGGAUGUAUUCAGGUCCAACUAUCACUACAGGACAAAGGUCCUGGGUUUGCAGCGCGGCCGCAGCUGGAGCAAGGACCAGCACGCCUUUGUGCGCGAGCGCGCGGAAGCCUGGAUGAAUUUCUAUCGCAGCUGGCGGGACUUUGCGCAAGUACGACCAGCGAUGCUGGUGUACUACGAACUGCUGAAACUGAAUCCCGCGCACGAAGUGCAGCGAAUGUUACAGUUUCUGCAGGUCGAAGUAACCCCGGAAAAGUUGACGUGUGCAAUCGAGCAAACGACCAUGGGCAAGCUGAAGGUAGAUCGCUCCAGCAAGGGCCGCGUGGAUGAGACGCGCUUCUUCGGCAGCCGCAAGGAGACCGAAGCCAAGGAGAACCUGACCUACCCGCCCACCCUUCUCAUCAGCUUCGACAACAUGGGUUUGUUCCAGUUUGCCAACAGCAUGGGCUACAUCUCGUAUCAGGGCCUGGCUUCUGCCGUUGCGGUGGCCUCGGGCGAGAGCAGUCGGAUCGAGGCAGUUCGCUUCCCUUGGCAGCUGGUGGAGGUUGCCGUGGAGCCCUUUAGCGCCCCGGCUGCCCCGGUCUCUCCGAUGGAGACGAUACUGCCUGAGGUCACCACCAGCGUCGACUCAAGGCCCGCGCCGCAGGCGCCCGCGCCCGAGCCGCGCGCGGGAACCGCCUCGCCGCUGCGUUUGUACAUGGGGCCGCAGGUCCCCAUGGAGGUCACCACCAGCGUCGACUCAAGGCCCGCGCCGCAGGCGCCCGCGCCCGAGCCGCGCGCGGGAACCGCCUCGCCGCUGCGUUUGUACAUGGGGCCGCAGGUCCCCAUGGAGGUGUCGCCUAUCCAAUCAGCACUCGGGGGCCUCGUGGUGGGUUUGCUCUGUGGGAUGUAUUUGUGCCGCGUGUGGCAGAACCGUGUCACCAAGCAAGCGCGCAGCAGCUGACGGCAAAAGUUGAUUCACCGGGAG